AAUGGACGCAAUACUUGGCACCAUCGUAGUUGGAUCGCAUGUUGCUAGCAUCCCUAUUUAAGCCCAUACACCCCCUACGGAACUCCUCACCUGUUCAGUCACUUAUUAGCAAAUCUAGAGCUCACCACCACCACUAUUGCAAACUCCUUAGGGAUGGCUCGCGCUGCAGCUACUCAGCUCGUGCUGGUCGCCAUGGUGGCCGCCAUGCUCAUCGUAGCUACCGACGCGGCCAUCUCCUGCGGUCAGGUGAGCUCUGCCUUGAGCCCCUGCAUCUCCUAUGCCCGCGGCAACGGCGCCAAACCGCCUGUGGCCUGCUGCAGCGGUGUCAAGAGACUGGCCGGCGCAGCCCAGAGCACCGCUGACAAGCAAGCGGCGUGCAAGUGCAUCAAGAGCGCUGCGGGUGGGCUAAACGCUGGCAAGGCCGCCGGAAUCCCCUCCAUGUGCGGCGUCAGCGUCCCCUACGCCAUCAGUGCUUCCGUGGACUGCUCUAAGAUUCGCUGAUCAACCACUUGCUGCCUAUAGCCCCAGCGAUCGACGCUGAGUACGUUGAGGUCACACAUACAUACAUAUAUAUGAAUAAAUGCACAAUAUUAUCUUCA